GACCAGAUGCUUUAUUUUACGCUCUGUAUAUUCUGUUCAGCACUCUCUUUGACUGUUCUGUAUGCCAGUGUGCAUCGAUCGUUGGCUGAGGAAAUUAAAAUUACAAGUUGGCUGAUAUCAGGUAUCCUCAUUUCUUCCCACACCUCCGACACUCAUCUUUUCAGGAUCUUGAAAAGCAAAAGUCAGAAACUAAGUUUGCAGGACAGCCCCCCCCCUCACUUCUGCUGAGAUGAUGCUUCUCAGAUAUCAGGGGCUCAAGUUGCCUCCUCCUCCUCUUCCUCCUCCUCCUCCGGGUCGGAAACGGGAUGUGAUGUAAAAUCUCAGAAACUUUUUUUUUUUGUUCCUCGGUGAGCUGAACUUUCUCCGCCGACGCUUCGAACUUUUCCAGCCGCAGAAGACGCGCUGAGACCCGGGCCCGGAGCGCAACAGGAGCCGCUCUCCUCCGCCAUGAUCCUGUGAGCCGCUCCGCGCACGGACACGCACGCGCGGCCCGAACCGAAGCCGAGCGGAGCGGAGCGGGACAAACCGGGCCGAGGCUCGCUGCUGGAUACGGAGGGGAAAGUGCGGCUCGAGAUGUAGCGUACACGUCGGUCAGACCUGUGGACCAUCAUGCUCCUCUUCCUGCUGCUGAUCCUUCAAACUUCAGCAGCUGUCGGACAGAUCGAUCCAGGACACUGCCGCUUCCCUUUGGGCAUGGAGGAUGGACGGGUCAAAGACAAAGACAUCACAGCAUCCAGUAAAUGGUACGAGACCACAGGCCCGCAGUUCGCCAGGCUGAACCGUGAGGACGGAGACGGAGCCUGGUGCCCUGAAGGACAGCUGCAGCAUUCAGACACUCAGUACCUGCAGGUGGACCUGAGCGUGCUCACCUUCCUCACGCUGGUCGGGACUCAGGGCCGCUACGCCAGAGGCCUGGGGAAGGAGUUUGCCCGAGCGUACCGCCUCAACUACAGCAGAGACGGGCUGACGUGGAAGGCGUGGAAAAACCGUCAGGGAAACACGGUGAUAGAGGGAAACAAAAACACCUAUGCCAUAGUCUACAAAGAGCUUCAUCCCUCCAUCAUCGCCCGCUAUGUGCGCCUCAUCCCAGUCACAGAGCUGUCCUCCACCGUCUGCAUGCGGGUUGAGCUGUACGGCUGUCCCUGGCAUGACGGGCUGAUUUCAUACAGCGCCCCUGAAGGUCAGCUCAUGAUGCCCCCCGGUUAUCCCCCCGCCAGCCUGAAUGACUCUAUUUAUGACGGAACGCAUGAGAGAAGGAAGCUGUUCGGGGGGCUCGGCCAGCUGACGGACGGCGUGGUAGGCAUGGACGACUUCCUGUUGACCCACGAGAAGCAGGUGUGGUCCGGGUACGACUACCUGGGCUGGAGGAACGACUCGCAGGGAACUCAGGGUCACGUGGAGAUGGAGUUUGUGUUCGACAGGCAGAGGAACUUCACCUCCAUGAAGGUUCACAGUAACAACUUGUUCACGCGUGGCGUGAAGAUCUUCUCCUCUGUUUCCUGCUGGUUUAAGCCCCGCCUCAUUGCAAACUGGGAGCAGGAGGCGGUGACGUUUCGGACCGUGCUGGACGACAGGAACCCGAGUGCCCGCUAUGUCACCGUGCCGCUGAACCAGCGCACCGCCAAAGCCCUCCGCUGCCGCUUCUACUUCGCCGAUGUGUGGAUGAUGUUCAGCGAGAUCUCCUUCCAGUCUGCCAAGGACAUUCUUCCGACGCAGAUGACGAUGGUGGGAACGCCGUCUACAAAAGGGGAUCAUACCAACAACACCUCUGAUCACAACAGCAGCACAGCGCAACCUCCCACAGCAGCUGCUCCAUCAGCCAAUGACCCAACAGAGGAGACAAACACUCCCAUUCUGAUUGGGUGCCUGGUGACCAUCAUCCUCCUGUUGGUUGUCAUCAUUUUCCUCAUCCUGUGGUGCCAGUGUGUCUGCAAAGUGUUGGAGAAGGCUCCACGCCGGAUCUUGGAUGAAGAGGUGACGAUUCGCCUGUCGUCCUGCAGCGACACCAUCAUCAUGCAGACCCCACCUGUGCCCCCCCGUACUGGACACGCCCCCACAGGCCCGGCCAACACCGACCCACACUAUGAGAGGGUGUUUCUGUUGGACCCACAGUACCAGAACCCGGCAGUGCUGAGAAACAAGCUUCCAGAGCUGCCGCAGAGCGCCGAGGCGUCAGAUCUCUCCUCUCCUUUCCUCAUUUCCUCUUCCUCUUAUCUCCUCCUCGGUAACCCUCUCUAUGACGUCCUCCUGCUGACUUCCUGUCACAUGACCCCGGGCUGGCUGCGUGCUUGUGGGGGGGGCUACGCAGAGCCGGACGUCACCCAGUGCACUCCACACCAGAGUUUCCAUAGCAACGCACCACACUAUGCAGAAACGGACAUCAUCCGGCUGCAGGGCGUCACGGGCAGCAACAUGUACGCCGUCCCCGCCCUCACCGUGGACUCUCUCACCAGGAAGGACAUUUCGGCCGCCGAGUUUCCACGGCAACAGCUGAUCUUCAGGGAGAAGCUAGGGGAGGGUCAGUUUGGAGAGGUACAUUUGUGCGAGGCAGAAGGGCUUCCAGAAUUCCUCGGGGAGGGGUCGCCCCUCCCUGACAGAGACAGCCGGCCGGUGCUCGUGGCGGUUAAACAGCUGAGGGCCGACGCCACCCUUCAAGCCCGAAACGACUUCUUGAAGGAAAUCAAGAUCAUGUCUCGGCUGGACGACCCGAACAUCAUCCGGCUGCUGUGCGUGUGCGUGUCGUCCGACCCGCUGUGCAUGGUGACGGAGUACAUGGAGAACGGAGACCUCAACAUGUUCCUGUCGCAGCGGGAAAUCGAGAGCACGCUGACGCACGCCAACAGCAUCCCGUCCGUCAGCCUGUGCGACCUCCUCCACAUGGCGGUUCAGAUCUCAUCGGGGAUGAAAUACUUGGCGUCUCUGAACUUUGUGCACCGUGACCUGGCCACCAGGAACUGCCUGGUGGACCGCCGGCUCACCAUCAAGAUCGCAGACUUUGGGAUGAGCAGGAACCUGUACAGCAGCGACUACUACCGCAUCCAGGGCCGAGCGGUGCUGCCCAUCAGAUGGAUGGCCUGGGAGAGCAUCCUGCUGGGCAAGUUCACCACUGCGAGUGACGUGUGGGCGUUCGGGGUCACCCUGUGGGAGAUCUUCACUCUGUGUAAGGAGCAGCCCUACAGCCUGCUGUCCGAUGAACAGGUCAUAGAGAACACUGGCGAGUUCUUCAGGAACCAGGGCAGACAGAUCUUCCUCUACAGCCCGCCACUCUGCCCCCCCUCCCUCUUCGAGCUGAUGAUGCGUUGUUGGAGUCGCAACAUCACAGACCGGCCCACCUUCGAUGGAAUCUACCAAACUCUGAGGCGUCACGUCAGAGCGUGAACAAGGCUCGCCGGAGGUCCUGGUCGGACUCUGAAAGGGCGGAGUCACGUGUGGGAUGGAGGUCCUGCGCCGCCUCCGUCUGUGCCGAGCCUUUGAGACUCCUCCAAGACACAAGGGAGAAAGAGAAGCCCUGCAGACCUUUGAGUCUGCUGUGGUCAUGGAUUUGCUGGUUGUUGGGAAGCAUGGCGGUCCUUAUCUGACAGUUCUUAUUUGUUUCAUGUCUCCUUUAGAUUUGGUUUAUGGCUGGACGUAGGUUCCGGUCUUUCUCGUCUCUCCUGUGGUUCCUGUUUUCAUUGUAAAGCACUGUGUCCGUGUCUCACUUAAUCGAGUUAGUUUAUUACCCCACACUGGAGCUAGGGUCAAAAUGUAGUUAGGCUUAGAGUUUUAGAUGAUAAUUUUAUUUUUCUUGUUUGUGGAGUUGUUGCUAUGGAGAUGAAUGUUGAUCACACCUGAGGCUGCAUGGACAUCCUUGUGUCAGGACGGGUGGACACAGGCACAUCUGUAGGCAGCCAUGGAAACAGACUGGAAAACAAAGACCACUGCCUGUUCAAACAAACCAACUAAACAUGAAUGAAAAGGUUUUAUCACAGCUGGAGAAGAGAACAUGAAAGAGAGGAAACCCAUUUUCAUCAUCAAAUCAGCUGUUCUUCCUCAAAUCUCUCAUCACUAAAGUAAAACUUUAGAAGCUGCAUCUCAGAGUAAACGUCCUCCUGCCUUGUUUGCUUCACGUCUCCGUUCUUCAUCAUUCAAUCUUCGCUGGAACGUCAAGAAUCAGACGUAAAGUGGUGCCAGCGGCCCGAGCUGACUGAGUGAACGUCCUUCAGUGUUUUAGCUGUUUCAGAAGUGUUUUGUCGUCUGUACUGUAUCUGACACUUCUGUCAGUAUGAGUGCACGUGUGCGUGCACGUGUGAGGUGAAGUGGUGUUGCCAGCAUUCCUCUGAGCACUGGGAGCUUGUUGGACUAGUGGUUGACCAGACUCUCUAUUUUGAUGGAUUUCUUUGAAGAAACUGAAAGGGGAAGUGAUGAGGGAACCACUGAACUCAGUCUCCCAGAGUUCUUUGCUGCAGUGAGCCUGUGGAUUUUGAGCUGUUUGGAAACUUCUGCAGCCUCUGCUACAGUGUACAGUAAGGUCACCUGUAUUUUUGUGGUGUGAAUGCAGGUUUAAUGUGGUUUUAUGAUGAAUAAUUCUCAGUCAGAACUUAUGGUAGAUUCUGAUUUUACUUGUUUUUGUUCUGGGGGGUUUCAGGGGCUUUUUCUGUAUGAUUUUCUUUCCAGUUCCUCCUCUUCAUCAUUCAUCUUCACCUUUUAGCAGAUUUCUUCAGUGCAGACGUUUGUAGCUGUGGAUCAUGGAGAAUGACCUCUGUUUAAAUCUGUUUGCUUCUCUUCAAAUAAAUAUGUUUUUGUCAAAAACAGAA